GGGGAGGAGGUCGGGAGGCUCUUGCGUAGCUCUCACUAGGGCAUUGCUUCAAUUUCGCUUCGCUGUCACUGAUUGCUUUUGAUGGAUUCACCGCUGCGGACAUAGCUUGCUGCUUGCGUAAUUAUUUUUUCGAGUCCGUGUUUGUUUUGGCCGCGUGAAAUCACAAGUGGGCAAGGAUGAGUUUAUACGGGUCACAACGAGGACUGAAUAUCAGUCGGAGAGGUUCCCGCACCGACCUCACAGGCGGCGGAUUUCCAUACGCCCGGAGCGAGAUGGUCGGGGGAAAUGGAAAUGGAUUUGCUCAAGAAUAUGUGGAGGGCUACAACUAUACUUACACCAAAGGCGCUGGAAGUGGCGGGCAGAGGCGGUCGACCCUCAGCGGGCCGCACCAGAGGGCCAUGCUCCUGCAGGACCAGUGCCAGGACGCCCUGCGGCGGGCCGAGAUGCUGCUGCAGACUGGAGGAGGGGACGCUGCUCGUAUGAGGGAGGUGGAGAAUUGUAUGGGUGUGGCGAAAGAACGGAUCGAACAGCUCAAACUCAUCGCCAUAGAGCUCCGACAGAUGGGCCAACCCAAUGACAACGUGGUUAGGAGCGUGGAGCAGUGCAAGGACCAGCUGAAAGGUGUGCACAUGGUUAUGAGUAGCAGCAUGCAGCGGCGCACUCGCUCCAGUAGGGGGAGCAGCUCCUGGGAGGAGACGCCAGCGAGGAGCUACCAGGAGGCCCUCGCAUGGAUCGGACAGCAGAAGCGCCUGAUAGAGACGGGUGCCUGGGCAGACGAGCCGGCCGGUAUUGACCAGCAGCUUUUGAGGCACAAUCGCUUCCACAGCAGCAUUCAGAGGAGCGCCGAAGUGGACAGAGCCAGAGAGGAGCUGAUGCAGAGAAAUGAUAAAGGAGGACUCCAUUCCCUAGACCAAGAAUGGGACAGCCUACAGAAGCUGUCGUUCACACACACUCAGCAUCUGCGUGAGCUGCAGAGCAUCAUUGAGGAGAUCUGCCGUGAGAUCAUGUGGGUGAAUGAGAGAGAGGAGGAGGAGCUCGUCUUCAACUGGGGACACCAAAACAUCGACACCUACAUCCCCCGCAAGCAGGAGAGCUACUCUAGGCUGAUGAGUGCUCUCGAGGAGAAGGAGAAAGACCUGAACAAGCUGAAAGUGAAGGUAGACGGCCUGCUGAAGAGCAACCACCCAGCCUCUGACAAGAUACAGGCUUACAUGGAAACUUUGCAGACUCAGUGGAGUUGGCUUCUGCAGAUCACCAAAUGCAUUGGUGUUCACCUCAAGGAGAAUUCUGCCUAUAGCCAGUUCUUCAAGGAAGCCAACGACACUGUCACUCGUCUCCAGAAAGAUCAUGAGAAUAUCCGUAAAAAAUUCACUUGCAGUAAAACCACAUCCCUGCCAAACCUGCUGGAGCUUCUUCAGGCCCUGGAGACGGAAAAGGAGCGUCUUGCGGAGCACAAGCAGCAGGUGGCGCACCUGAGCAGCAAGGCCAAGCACAUCGUCCGGCUCAGGCCCAGGAACCCAGAGGAGAAGAGCACUGGCCAGGUCAUCGUCCAGGCCCUGGUUGACUUCAAGCAGGACCAGAAGGUGAUCUGCAAGGGCGAUGAGGGCAUUCUGAAGGACAACGCCCAGCGCAGUAAGUGGUCGGUGACUGGACCAGGAGGGCUGGACAUGACCGUGCCCUCCAUCUGUUUGCUGGUGCCACCCCCGAAUCCUCUCAGCAUCAGCCUGGCCAACAAGAAUGAGCAGUUCUACGAGGCCAUCCAGGCCCUGUGGAGCCAGUUCUACAUCAACAUCAAGAGCCUCAUCUCCUGGCAGUACUGCAUCCAGGACAUCAACCGCAUCCGAAGCCUCACCAUCACUAUGCUGUAUCAGAUGAAACCAGAGGAGUACCACAGCAUCAUCAGAGGCCUGGAGAGGCACUAUCAGGAGUUCCGGCAGAACUGCCUCGGCUCACAGAUGUUUGCCGACGAGGACAAGAGGAGCAUCGAGUCCCAGUACAGUCACGCCCAGCAGCACUACGACACACUGGUCACACAGCUGCCCGCCUACAGUGCGCAGCAGCAGCAGCAGGUGCAGCAGCAACAGCUGCAGCAGCAGACUUUGAGGAAGCAGGAAGUGAAGGUUGUACAGCAGGAAGUGAAAAGGGAAGUGAAAAAGGAAGUGAAAAAGGAAGUGCCUGUGCAGACAAAGGUCGUGACCUCUGUCAGCUCCACCCUUCUGAGUGAUCUGAGCGCGCUCCGUCUGAGGCUGGAGGGGGCAGAGUCCCAACUCUUGCAGUACCUGCACAUCCCAGUGGGAAAGACAUGCACCGCUCACCUCACACAGCUACAGGGAGUGCAGCGCGAGGUGGAUGGAGUAAGAGCAGAGUAUGAGCGCUUGAAGCUGCUGAUCCUCCAGCAGCUGCAGGGGAUAACAGACAAAGACAAAGCCCAGUUCCUGCGCUCCGAGCUGGGCCACAUCAACCAGCGCAUCAGCCAGCUGGAGGGCUUCUCCAGAGGCUAUUAUGAGAGAUGUGAGGCGGUGUGUUCCCUGCAGCAGUUGGAGCAGCAGGUGGAGGACAUAGUGAAGGUGUACGAGGCUCGUCUGACGGAGAGAGAGACCACCAGCCUGGACCCCGACAUCGUUCAGGAGGACAGCAGUGUCCUGCAGGCCAUGCAGGCAGAGCUUCGGGAGAAGGAGUCGGUGCUGAGUGACAUGGAAGCAGAGCUCAAGAAAGCGCAGCAGCUGAAUAACCUGAUGGACCACGCCGUCCACAAGUGUGACAUCGACCUCUGCCAGCAUGCCGAGCAGGUCAGCCAGCUCUCUGACCGCUGGCUCCGCAUCAAGAACCAGAUCAGCAGCAGGGUGAUGGACUUGGACUCCUACCUGGUGCUGCUGCGCCGGUACCUGCAGUCCAGCUCGGGCCUCAGCGACUGGAUCGGCGACACCAGGCAGCGCCUCGACACCAUGCGCGCCACCAAGACGGACGACAUCGCUGCUCUGACGGAGCACCUCAGCAAGCAGAAGGAGCUGAACUCUGAGAUCUUGGGGAAGAGAGCAACAGUAGAGUGUGUGCAGAGGGACGCAGACAACCUGGUGAAUGCCAUCAAGGACUAUGAGAUGCAGCUGGCCUCCUACAGUGCAGGCCUGGAGACACUAUUGAACAUCCCCAUUAAAAGAAACCUGCUGCAGUCCCCAGCUCUCACAGUCACACAAGAGGUGUCCACCUUACAGACGCGCUACAUAGAGCUGCUCACCAGCUCCUCCGACUUCUACAAACACCUGGGCCAGAUGCUGAAGAACCUGCAGGAGCUCAAGCUUCGUGGCACGCGGAUCGACGUGCUCGAGGAGGAGCUGAGCCGCCUGAGGGACGAGUUGUCGCUGCGCAGCGCCGAGAGCCUGCGCCUCCAGGAGGCCAGCAGGAGGCACGAGGAGGAGCUGUCGCGCUCCCAGGACCAGCUCCUCUCCCUGGAGGAGGCCAAGAGGAGCCAGGCGCUGAACCUGGGCUCCUCUCAGGACCGCCUGGAGGAGCUGCUGUCCAGGAUCCAGUCCCUGGAGCUCCAGCUGGAGGAGGAGGUGCGCAAGCGGAGGAGCGCGGAGGAGCGCUACGGCGAGCUGCAGGGCGAGCAGGACGAGGAGGCGCGGAGGAACCAGCGGCUGCUGGACGAGGCGCGCAAGAGCCGGCUGGAGCUGGAGAUGAGCGUGGCGGAGAGGGACCGGGAGGCGGAGCGGCUGCGCCACCAGCUCCAGGAGGAGGCGCAGAGGUCCCAGGAGGCGCAGCUGGAGCUGAAGAGGGCGCAGGAGCUGCACAGCUCCAAGCUCAAGGAGGUGAAGGAGAGCUACGAGUCCCACAUCAGCGUCACCCAGACCAACACGCUGCUCCUGCAGCAGCAGAAGGGGGAGCAGGAGCAGCUGCAGGCGCAGAACCGGGAGGCGCAAGACGAGGCCAAGAGGCUGCGCCUGGCCCUGGCCGAGGAGCAGGAGCGGCGGAGGCGCGCCGAGGAGGAGGCGCAGCUGCAGAGGAAGGCGGCGCAGGAGGAGCAGGGCAAGCGGCGGCGCGUGGAGGUGCAGCUGGAGCAGAGCAGCCUGACGGUGCAGGAGUACACCGUCACGCUCACCGCCCUGCAGAAGAGCCAGGAGGAGGCGGCCGCCGAGCUCAAGGAGGCCUGGGAGGAGGCGCGCGCCCGCCAGGAGGAGCUCGACCGACUGCGGAGGGAGCAGGGCACCUCCUCCAGCACGGUGUCCAGCCUGGAGGAGGAGCUGAGGGUGCUCCGGCUGAAGCUCACCCAGAGGGAGGGACAGACUCAGGAGGACGGCCAGCGGCUCAAGGAGCUCCAGCGCCUCCUGGAGGAGAAGACCCAGCUGCUCAACGAGAGCCUGGCGGAGGUGCAGCGCCUGCAGGCCCUCACGGAGAAGCUCACCAAGGAGCGGCUGCAGCUGGAGGAGGAGGUGCGAGCCCUGCGCCUCCAGCAGGGAGAGCUGAGGAAGGGCUGGGAGCUGGAGUCGGAGACGCGGAUCAGCGAGCUCACGCUGCAGAUACAGAACUCCCAGAUGGCCCUCCAGGAGCACCAGCGCCUCCUCAAGGAGGCCUCGGCGGAGCGAGACAAACUCAGGGAGGAGGUGGAGAGGCUGAGGAAGCAAGUCAGCACGACAUCGGCUGAGCUGCAGCGGUCUGAGAAGCAGUGCGCUGAUCUGCGUAGCCAGAAGGUGGCGCUGGAGAGGCGCGUCAAGGAGCUGGAGGACGAGCUGCGGCGCCUGCGCGCCUCCCUGGAGGAGACCCAGCGUCUGCACCAGAAGCUCCAGCAGCAGGUGGACACCCUGAAGCGCGAGCUGACCGCCCGCGAGGCCGACAUCCAGCGCCUCCAGACGGAGCGGAGCCAGUUCCUGCUGCGCAUCGAGACGCUGGAGCGGAGGCCCGUCGUCCGGCACAGCCACACGCAGACCGACGAGGAGGAGCUGCGGCCGCUCCGCGACCCGGCCGGCCUGACCUUCCAGGGCGUCUGCGCCCCGGUCAGCGCGCAGCAGCUGCACGACUGCGGCCUGCUGAAGCCGCCCGCUCUGGAGCAGCUGCGCAAGAGCGAGCGCAGCGUGGACGAGGUGGACGCCCAGCUGCAGCCGGCGUUGCGCGGCGCCAGGGUCAUCGCCGGGAUGGCGGGGGGGCCCAAGGGCAAGAUGACCCUGGCCGAGGCCCUCGGGCACAAGCUGCUGUCGCGCGAGAGCGCCGUCCGGCUGCUGGAGGCCCAAGCGGCCACCGGAGGGCUGAUGGACCCCGCGGUGGACCCCCAGCGACGGAGACGGGUGGAGGAGGGCCAGGCCACGGGGCUGGUGCCGCGCUGCUCCAGCGAGCGUCUGCUGGAGGCCGAGUCCGCCUGCCUGGGCGUGCGUGAGCCGGGGACCGGUCAGCGUCUGGGCGUCGGUCAGGCUCACCGCCGCGGCCUGAGAGACGAGCCGGUCACCCUGCAGCUGCUGCAGGCCCAGGAGGCCGUCGGGGGCGUGCUGGACCCUCGCCUCAGCGUCUUCCUCCCGCGGGACCUGGCCACCGACCGCAACCUGCUGGACAAGGAGAUGUACACCGCGCUGAACGCCAAGCCCGCGUCCUACCUGCACCCUCUCAGCCAGCGGCCGUGCACCUACGCCGCGCUGCAGGACACCUGCGUCGCCGACCCCUCCACCGGUCACCUGCUGCUGCCGGCCACCAGGUCGGCGCUGUGCGUCCAGGGCCUCCGGGCCGACGUCCCCGUCUGGGAGCUGGUCGGCGCGGGUCUCCUGGAGCCCGAGGACCUGGAGCAGCUCCUCGACGGCCGCCUGCGCCUGGACGACGUCCAGGUGCGUCUGCGCGCCUACCUGCGCGAGUGCGCCUGCGUGGCGGGCGUCACCGACCAGCAGAGUGGACGCACCCUCACCCUGCAGGAGGCCCAGCAGGCCGGGAUGCUGAGCAAGGAGGCCACCCUGGAGCUGCUGGAGGCUCAGAUCGCCUGCGGCUUCCUCGUGGACCCGCGCGACGGCCGGGGCUACACGGCGGAGGAGGCCCUCGGGAAGGGGCUGGUCGCGGCCGAGCACAAGGACGCCCUGCUGAAGGCCGAGCAGGCGGUGACCGGCUACGGCCAGCCGGGAGGCGGACCUGCACUCUGCCUCUCCGAGGCCCUGCAGCGCGGGUCGGUGGACAGGACCUACGGCCUGCGUCUGUUAGGCGCCCAGCUGAGCAGCGGGGGCAUUAUUGACCCCUCGCUCAGCGUCCGAGUCCCGCCGGACACGGCCGUCCAGCGCGGCCUGCUGGCCCAAGACCUCCGCCAGGCGCUGGAGGCGCAAGGGACCGUCAGCUGGGGAUUCGGUGACCCCACCGACCCCAACAAUCGGGAGAAGCUCCGCUACGGCCAGCUGAUGAAGGAGGGCCAGAAGGACCCCAAGACCGGCCAGCUGCUCCUGCCCGCCAUCGUGCCCAGCCAGAAGAACACGGUCAGGAAGAGGCGGGUGGUGAUCGUCGACCCCGACAGCGGCCGCGAGAUGACCGUCAAGCAGGCGUUCGAGGCCAAGCUCAUCGACCACGAGACGUACGUGGAGCUGGCGCAGCAGGAGUGCGAGUGGGAGGAGAUCACCAUGACGGCGGCCGACGGCUCCAGGAGGCUGGUCAUCGUGGACCGCACCCAGGGUCUGGAGUACGACCUCCACGAGCUGCUGGAGAAGGGCGUCAUCAGGCAGAGCCAGCUGGACCAGUACCGCGCCGGCAAGAUCACCCUGGCGCAACUCGUGGACGCCAUCUCCGACGGCACCAAGCACCUCACGUCGUCGUCGUCGUCCGGUUUGAAGACCUCCGCCCAGACCUCGGCCUCCUCCAACUUCUCCUCCUCCUCUGGCGCCAAGACCUCGGCCACCUCCGCGUCCUCCUCGUCUGGCACCAAGACCUCGGCCACCUCCAACUUCUCCUCCUCGUCUGGCACCAAGACCUCGGCCACCUCCGCGUCCUCCUCCUCAGCUAUGUCCUCUGCGGCCUCGGCAGCCUCCGCUGCCUCUAUGUCCAGCACCUCGGCCUCUCCGCCCAAAUCCUCCACGACGCACAUCAAGUCCCAGACGGUGUCCACGUCCUCGGUCGUCAUCAGCAGCAGCAGCAGCCCCGGCGGGUCCAUCUCCGGAGAGCAGGCGCCGCUCUCCCCUGUCUCGCCCGGCCGCGUCACGAGCAUGUCCGUCAACCUGGCGUCGCCCGUAGCGACCGCCGGCGAGAGAAGCCCCGUGGGGGUCAUCUUCGACUCGGACCGGCUGGAGAAGGUCAGCUUGACCGAGGCCAUGGGCAGCGGCCUGCUGGACAACAUCACCGGCCAGCGCCUCCUGGAGGCCCAGGCGUGCACCGGCGGCCUGGUCUGCCCGACGUCCGGCCGCCGCCUCUCGCUGCAGGAGGCCCAGCGCGCGGGCCUGGUCUCGGAGGAGACGGCGUCCCGCCUGCGUCCGGCGCAGAAGGCCUACGUGGGCUUCUCCGAGCCGCAGAGCGCGCGCCGCCUCUCGGUGGCCGAGGCCCUCCGGGAGCGCUGGCUGCCCCACGAGGCCGCCCAGCGCUUCCUGGAGUUCCAGCAGGCCACGGGCGGCCUGUGGGACCCGCAGGAGGGCUGCCGGCGGAGCCUGGAGGAGGCGCAGGCUCGCGGCUGGGUGGACCCGCGCUCGGCCCAGAAGCUGGCCGACCUGCGGCAGCACGCCCGCUGCCUCGUCUGCCCGCGCUCCGGCCUCAAGCUGUCCUACGCCGAGGCCCUGGAGCGCUGCCUGCUGGAGGAGGCCACGGGCAUCAUGAUGCUGCCCGCCGCGAAGCCCUCGUCCACCCCGGGGUCCAGGUCGGGCUCGUGUGCGGGGUCACGCUCAGGGUCACGCCCAGGGUCGCGCAAGGGUAGUGUUGACCUCACUUCCUCCGCUUCAUCCAUAUACACCAGCUUCAGCUACAGCUCUAGCUCCUAUACAACUAGCCCUUGAAGCGCACACAGUCACACACACACAUGCUCUCACACACACACACACACACACACACACACACACACACACAC